UUAGAACUUUGUUUGUGCGCCUUUGGGCUUGAACAUACCUGCUAGGUACAGAGUACAGCUUAUGUUGGACACAGCUGAGGCCAUUUGCCUGUUUGCAUUGCUUUAUUUUUUCCUUCGUUCUAAUGGCGUGCAGAGAAAGCAAAGGGGGUGUAGUUUUAGUAUGUUUGGGACUUCUUUUGUUUGUAGUGUCACUAUGCAACUGUUCCAAACCGACAAAGCUCAAUGCAUUGAAUAAAUCUAGAGAAACCUCAGUGCACACCAAAAGCCAAACUGACAGAGCUCACCUGCACAAUGGAAGACUCUUAAUUGGACAAAGUUCCUUCAGCCAGGCUAAGCUCAAUGCAACCAACUCCAGAAAGCCGGUGCUGGAUGUUGAAACUGACUACCAGUCUGACAUGGGCUGGCAGACCAAACAAUCUCCUGAAAGAAGUGACUGGCAAAAGAUGGCGAUGGAAAACCUCCUUAAAAUGGAGUCAAAGGUGGAAUGCUCACAAGACUCCAUGAAGCUUCUGGUUCAUGAUGCAACUUCUACCCCUGAAUCUGUCAUCCUUGUUGACAGGGGUAACUUAUCUCCUCUAUCUCUGACAAAGUUGCCUUCAAGCUGUGGAUACACCAUCCGGUCGACUCAGAAAGACUUGGUCUUGCAGGCACCUUAUGACGGUUGCUUUGUCAUUAUUCAGGAGAACUACUAUGUGCUUCCAUUGAUCUGGUUGGGGCUACCUGUGAGAAUGUCCUGUCCUUUAAUGGGAAAGGGCUCACCAAAUCAUCCGAUGGUCACCUGUCAUGCUGAGGGAAUGGUAGUGAAAACGGAGUGGACCACCACUGCUUCAAAAAUCAAAGUAAAUGUAAAUGGAAACUGGGAAUCACUUUUGACUGCUGCUCAUCGCUGUGCAUUUGGCAUAGUUGAGCAUCCAGAAGGUGUUGUCAUCUCUGUACACUAUGCACCUUGCUUAGUAAAGAAGGAUGGAAUGUACACCAUUGAGUUGGCGGCCGAUGCAGAGACCAAGGUUUCCUGUCCAUCGUUGUCGGCAGCUCAACUCAAGUUGUCUGGGAGCCAAGUUGGGGGGUCUGUCCACGAAAGGGAAAUUCUAGGCGAAUGGAUGCAUCCCUUUCCUACACAAAAUCCCUUAAUGCUUCCUACGCGUACAGCGGAUUCACAGGCGUACGAUUAUUCUCAGAACCUGCAGAUCCCUGGCAGGACAAAUCAGGGUUCAAAUCCUGGGUAUUUUCCUUACUAUAAUUUCCCAGGUUUUCCUUAUGCUUACCUUAAAAACCCAGAAACUACCCCUACUAAACAGCCCCAAAACCCUACCACUGUGAAAGCAGUUAAGCAAUCUACAGAUCAUUCUGUUGCUGGUCCAUUCUAUCCACAAUUGCCAUCAAUGCCAGAAAUGAGGCCACCAGUGACCAAAUUCCCACCAUCUAAUUUGGAUCAAUAUCCAAAUAAACAUGUUUUCCCACUUGACCCUCAGAGACCUGAGCAACCCUCAAGCUUCUCUAAAGUGCAAGGACAGAACAUUCAUUCAUUUUAUUACACAGAUGCUUUGUCCCAGCUCUCUAAUUCAUAUCCGUUGUAUCUUGAAAAAUUACCUGAGGAACCGGGACAAUCUCGUCCCACGUCUCAGAAAGGUCAAGGUGAAGAGAUGCCGGUCCAUCUAAUCUGCAAUCAAGAGAUGGUAGCCUCUCAGCCAUCUGGACCUUCUUGGUUGUCAUGGCUUGGCAUGUUUCAGGGUGAAUUGAAUCAGCGAUUCCAACUUGUGUGUACCCAAAUGGAACCAGUCUCCAAACCUACAGAUGUCUUUCAUUCAUCCCACCCUGAAGCUCCAAAUCGACAAGUAAAUGAGCUGUUCAACCUGUUGUGCACCUUGCAGGGAUCGGAGCUACAGCACUUAAAAACCUCUCAAGGACAAAUGUACUAUUCAUUCUACCUCUUCUGCAACCAGCAGGAACAAGCCUCAAAGCUUGCUGAAUUUACUCGGGCACAACCAGAAAUGACAAAGGGUCAUCUAUACCAGGCUUUCUACCCUCUCUAUUUUCAGUCACCUCAAACUCCCAGUGGAGUUACUCAGCCCCCACAAGCUGUAACUCAAGCCCAACAAUACUCAUAUUUGUAUCCCUUCUAUCCCAAACCAAACCAAAAACCUGCUGUAAAUCAACCACCACAGCCUGGAACUCCUAGAGCCCAGAUAUACCAAGGGACAUUUCCCUUCUUUCCCCAACAAAAGCCAACCCAGCAACCUGCUGUAACUCGGCCACAACAGCCAGCAACUCCUCAAAACCAAUUCUACUCUCAUUUGUUCCCAUUCCAUCUGCAGCCAAAACCAACACAAAAACCAGCUGUAACUCCCCCACUGCAACCAGCAGCUACCCAAGCCCCGGUAAAAGGGUCAUUUCCUUUCUUUCCCCAGCCAAAGCCAAACCAGAAACCUGCUGCAACUUGGCCAUCACAGCCAGCAAAUCCUCAAGCCCUGUUAUACUCGCAUUUAUUUCCUUUUUAUCCCCAGUCAAAACCAACCCAGAAACCUGCUGUAACUCAGCAACCACAGCAAGCAACUUCUCAACCUCAGGUAUACCCACCCUUCUUUUACUUCUAUACCCAGACAAAUGCGGCUCAACAACCAGCUGUUACUCAAAUGCCACAGUCUGCAACCUCUCAGAGCAAAGUCUAUCAGCAUUUCUUUGACUUGUACCCAAAACCAAAGCCAGCCACAAAUCCCACUACAGUUGCUCAACCCCAGCAAUUAGAACUUCUUAAGGGCCAGGUAUCCCAGCCACUUUACCAUUACCACCAGAAAACUCAACCAAAGCUAACUUCAAGUCCCAUAGCUGAAGAUGAGUCACUGCAGCCAGAAAAACCUAUUGGUCAAGAACAGCAAAAGUGCUUAUAUUCUCAGCUGUGGGCGGAAAAUCAGCUGGCCAACACCCCAACUAAACCUACCCAGGGGCUUGUAUAUGGCCCCUGUCAAUCAAAGCUGCCAGUUCUUGAAAUGAGUGAAGGUGCUUCAGUGGGUAAUCUCUUGCAAUUUUCAGAGCAGCCUAUUGCCAGCCUUCCACAGGCCCAGCGUGAAUACCUCUUCAACUUUUUCCACUCUCAGCAGCCCCUGUCUGCCCAACAGUCUUAUGCUACUUCUAUGCAAAAGCUUGCUGCUUUAGCAAGUGAGCAGAAGCUGGACACUCUUGGAACAAAACAUGGUAAUCGUGUAUUCUGCCCUAAUUUUUGUCCAUCUGGGUUAUCUAAUUGCUGCCUACAAAUAGCUUUACAUCAGCAUCUUCACAUUUCUGCCCCAUUUGAGGUUAAACCUGAGCCCCAGACUUAUAAAAGUUUCUCGCCUGCAUCUUAUUUUGGUGUUGGCCAAGGUUUGGAAACUGCUGAAGUACCACAAAAGCUCUCGUCACCAGCAGUUCAGCAGGCUGCUGAAACCAGUGCCUCAGCACAAAUUUCUCCUCAGUCUCAAACUCCUAGUGCAAACAGAGACUCUUUCAGACCACAAGAUAGUGGCGCCACAUUUUCAAGAGGUAGUCUUGGCAUGAUUGCAAAUAGAGAACAAUUUUACCCUUAUUUUGGGACUGAAUUACAAAAUCCCUACUUGCCACAUGUGGGACAAAAUGGGUUGCAACCAAGCCUGGAGCAAUUUAAAACUGAAUAUCCUGAUGACCCAUCUAAACUCUGGGCUUUAGGCAAUGAGCAAUCUAAGCCAGUAGUAGAGUAUGAACCUUUCAACAUUGGGUUUGCUGAACAAAUGCUCCAGUCUAGGCCUGAUUUAAUGUCAUAUCUUGGCCAACAUGUUCUACAGGUAGAACAGCAAAGUAAACCUCCUGAUGAGCAGAAAUCUUUGCACAAAUCUGAAUACAAACGUUCAACACAUAACUUUAAACGUGCAAUUGACAGGUUUUUCUCUCGCUACAUGCCUGGAGAUUCUCCUGCAUCUAAUACCUCUGUAGGUGUCAAUGUAUCCCAAGAAAUGCUAUCUGGGAUGAGCUUAAAGAAUUUGACAAAAACACACAAGCCUCAAAAUUUGUUUUCAGAACCUCAGAGUUUUGUAUUAUUACAGGAUGGUCCACCAGGAAGGGAGCCCCAUCGAUUAAGGGAUUCUAAGGGUUCUUUUGGAGAUUUAGCUUAUGGCGCAAACUCAAAAGCUUUUGAACUCUUAAGAAAUGCUGAUCCCCACACUUUGGAGUCUUUGCAGGCAAAAACGCAAAAACUAGAGAGGCUGGGGGAAGGAACGUCUAGUCUCCCACCUGGUAACGUCAACCAUAUGCGGAGGGGUGACGAUGCAUCAAGUUCUUUCAACCUCAUGCAAGAUGACUCUAAUCCUCUGGAUGUGUACCCAGAGCAAUCUUUCAGUGCUGAGCAGCUAAAGCCAGAAAUUCUGAAGUCAUUUGAAAAUCUCUGGAAAUAUCCGCCACCUUCUGACUUCAGCCAGUUGUUUGUUGCAAAUGUUCCAGGAAAGGCUGAAGAAAAAGGCUCGGACCAACUAGCACAGGGAAUUGAAAAACCUGUGAUGGCCAAAAAAAAUCCAAAAGAUCCAAGUUUUCUUUAAUAAAUUUGAAAACUA